CGUCAUCGCCGGUCGACUCUCCCGACUCCCGCCCACUUCCUUGCAACACCACACGCACUCGUCGAUACCUCUUGCAGCCUUGUGCGAUGGAAUACGUGCGGCAACUAAACCUUGUGCACAUGACAAAGAUGGAGGCGCUUCUUCGGAUUGUCACCGUGGACGUGCCCACAAUCAUCUUUGAUCAUGUGCCGUUUUCGGACCAAGCUGUCAAGUACUUCUUCGUGUACAUCAUGCUUCAGGCGUUGGCGAUUCUGUGGGGGUUUCUCUUCAACCUUGGCACCAUGGUUGGGGAAAACGUGAUUGACAUCGUCACGAUGCCGUUCUUGCAAGCGUCGUGCGUGCUGUUUGUGCACUACGCCGUGAUUGGCAUCAUCUUGGGCAUCGGCCGAACGACAUGGAUCCUUACGUGGCAGUCUCUGACGAACUUCCCAUACAUCCGUCGCAUCAUGCUACGCGAGUCGUCCCCGCAGGUCGUCGUGUUGCUGUCUUCGAUUCCCAUCCUGCUCCUGCUCGUGAGCCUCAUUCUCGUGCCAUCGUUCUGCACAAAUAUGGACACCGCCGAAGUGACAAAUACUUUGUGCAAGUCCAGCUACAUCCGGUACCUCACUCCGUCGUAUCCCGUGUUCCAGCGGUCUCUGCGCCUCACCACCGUCAUUGCGUCGGCCCAAUUCCUCCAAGUCGUCAUGGAAAUCUUGCCACCGUGGAGCUCAAUCAUCGCCAAAACGGGUACCCGCCACCUGGUCGUGCUCGGGAUGUCGUUGGCGGCCCUGAACGGCUGUACGAUCCUAUGGACAUUUGAGUGGCUGCUGCGCCACGGCCAAGUCAAGACGACUUCCCUAAGCGACCUGUCGCAGCUACGCUGGGAGACCCUCGGCCUCGUGCUGCUGUGCCUCUGGAUGGUGUGGUUCCUCACCCUGGUGUGCCACAGCUUCCCGCUCUCGUACGCGUCCAGGACGGACGACCGGUCGCUGUCCGGCUUCUUCAGGCGCCUCAAGGUGACCUUUCUCACCGGCCAGGCCAUCGUGUUCAUGCGCGCGUGCGUCCACCCCCAGAUGGGCUUUGUCCACGCCCAGCUGGAGCUCACCAUCAUCAACCUCCUCCUCCCGCUCUUCUACGUGUUCUCUCUCCUUGUGCUGCGAGGGUUCUACCUGAGCUCGUUCCGUAAGGUGGUCGUGGCCGCCCCGCUCUCCCUCGUUCUCGCCUAUGGCAUCCACCGCCACGCCGCCAUCGGCAAGGGACACACGUACUGGAUCAUCAGUUUGUUCCUAUUCGGCGCGUUCCUUCGGUUGCUGCAGCCGUCGCGGUCGCUGUUCUCGUCUGCCGAUACCCAGAAAGGCAUGAAGUCGCACCCGACGCAGCGCGUGGCCCUGCGCUUCGUCUUGGCGGCGUCGGGUAUCUUUACGCUGUUUCUGCUCUUCAUGAUCGGGUUUGGCGCGCUCACAUUCCUUCAGCGAGAGAAGGAGCACUUUCCGGCCAUGGCCACCGUCCAAAUCGACAGCGACGGGCGACUGGACGUACGACACGCCAGCGUUGUGCGGCUGCAGCUAACACUCGCCACCGCCUCCCCCCCCCCGAUCGCCCCCCGCCCGCCCCACUACGCCAGCUGCGGCAACCGCUGGUUCAACCUGAGCCUCGUCGACUACGCCCUUCUGUCCCAAGCAGCCUACUUCAACCCGCAAAACAACCAGCUAAAGGACUUUGUCGCGAGUGUGUUUCCAAGUGCAUCGGCUCUCCCAAUGUUUGACAUCCGGUUGCCCGAGAAUUACACUGCGCAUGGCUCGAAAGUCGAGUUCUUUGAGGCGUACUCCAAGGACCUGAACGUGUCUGUGAUUUCCGUACGUGGGACGGACGUGGGUCGGUUUCGAGAUUUCAUCGAAGACGCGAAAAUGUACGCCGAGCCGGUGAUUUUUGUGAUUUUAUCAAGCAUUUUCCCCACCAUCCGCAUGUGGCCCGACGUCACGUUUUCGACGUUGAUUGAACUGUAUCACGAAAUGGCCACCAUGUUUGGACUCACCCACGAGUACUGGUACUACCACGAACUGCUCCAAUACGUCAAGUCCAUCCACGACCGCAACGUGAUCCUCACGGGGCACUCCCUCGGUGGCGCCAUCGCCAGGGUCGUGGGGUCGGUUCUGGGGAAGCCGUCAGUGUCGUUUUCGCCCCCGGGUAUUGAAAUAAGGCGAAUGAAUGCACAGACGCUGUCGUCAACGAUGGUUUCAAACCGUAGGAUCUGGUCAAACGUACAGCAAACUUGUGCACGACAUUGCCGGCCAAGACAUGCAAGUGGAUCGCAGUCGCCUCCACCACGAGUCCACGUGUGUGCUUCCAGAGUACGACCCCGUGACGAUGAUCGACACCCAGUCCGGACUCAUCCAACGGUCCCCCUUAUACCCCUCCGUUUGUUUGGUCUGACGUUGUUGUCGUGAGUAGCAUCACGUGCGACACGCCGCACUUGUCGAUGCAGUUGUCCUGUCACAUGAUCCAAGGCACGCUGUGCAACUUGCUGCAGCACUGCGGCGACGACCGCGGUCGGUUUUCGUCGUGCCAGUUUGAGCACCGCAUCACGUCGCUGUCGCAAGACGUGUUCGAAGCCGUGUUCGUGGACGUGCUGUCCCCCACGACUCUGUCGGGGCUGCUCAUGGCCGUCGCACUCGUGCUGUCGCUCGUCCGGCACAAGAUCAUCACUCAUCGGCGCCUCUCCGUCACAGCGGCUUCACCUUCCCCCAGCAACCACAAGACUAGCCACGACCCGUCUCGAUAGUAAACAAUACGAGACGACGUUGUUGAACCCUGUCACAGUAAAUUCAACCCAGUGAAGCUAGUAUGCAUCGAAUGCUGUUGGUCCCGUCGCUCUUUGACUUGUCGGUGCUUCAACUCCCUCUCCGCCUUCUUCACUUGAAGCCCUUUGUCUAUCGUUGGCCGGUCGACGUCAGCAAGAUUGAGGACAGGGCCCCCACUGCUUCCGACCGUGAGCUCAGGGAGCACAAGCCGGCCACUCGCCGACUGAUUCGUUUGAUUUUGUCUUCGACUGUGCACGGCCUGCACGUGUUGUCGCUUCCUCUCGCUUGAUUGCGUACGGUCCUGUUGAUGAGUGAUGUCGUCUUGGGCCAGUCGUGCCGACGGGGCGGUGUGCGGAACCUUCUGCAACGGAUUAAGUCGCAGCGGGUAUGCUGACGAGUUUCCCAGUACAAAGGAUGCUUCGAGGGAAGACAAAUCUGGGGGUGGACAAGGAUGGCGGGGGAUAGUGGGUGGCUUGAGGGGUCGGUGGUGGGGCUUGGAAGCUACCGCCCGCUCCUCCUUUUGUUGAUUCGGACCCAGGUGGAGACCUCCUGACAACACGAGAUCGGGCUCUAGCUGGUUGUUUACGCGGGGCAACGUACGUCGACCAGAACCUUUGUCCAUCUUGCCUUUGGAUGGUGCAGAAGCUUUAUGCGUCUAUCAAGAAAUGAGUGAACGCCAUGAAUGGGGUCGCAAACAUAACGCGAUAAUCAAAGCACCAACGUUACUACCAUUGGUCCAUCCAAUGUCAAGAGUGUUCCGCAAGGCUUGGUCAUCAACGGCAUCACAGAAAAAAGUGCUGGCAGCAUCCCAGACCCGGUUGUUGAGGUCUGAACAAACAACCACAGAUCGUCAGAACACUAAGAGUAUUCCAUGAGCAAUGAUUGGCCCCCGG